UCUCUAGGAGCAUCAUCACCAGCUUCAUCCACACUCAACCGGAGGUUUGUUUGACUUCUUCUCAUCAACAACAACAACCCCUCCAAGAACUCUCCUGAUUUUUUCAGUGUGUUUUUGGGUUAUGAUCUGUUCUUCAUGCUCUUGAUUUCUUCACGUGGAUUUCUCCAAAAUGGUGCACAAGUAUCUCCUGGGGGCUCUCUGUAUACUGUUUCUGACAUGCUCGUUUGCUCCCAUUUCCUGCCAUGGUUUAGUUAGAAUUGGUUUAAAGAAGCGACCCUUGGACCUUCAGGGCAUUAAGGCUGCUAGGAUGGCUAGUCUGGAAGGCAACAAUGGGAAGGUUUUAAACAGCAUGCAUCUACAUAGUAAGGAUGCUGACAUAGUAUAUCUGAAGAACUAUUUGGAUGCUCAAUACUAUGGAGAGAUUAGUAUUGGUACACCCCCACAGAAAUUCACCGUCAUAUUUGAUACUGGCAGUUCCAAUCUCUGGGUUCCCUCAUCAAAGUGCAUAUUUUCUCUCUCUUGCUUGUUCCAUCACAAGUACAAGCACACCAAGUCCAAAACAUAUCAAGAAAUUGGAAAUACUCUUUCAAUACAUUAUGGUUCUGGAUCAGUUUCUGGCUUCACUAGUCAAGAUAAUGUUGAAGUUGGUGAUCUUGUGGUCAAAGAUCAAGUUUUCAUGGAGGCUAAAAGGGAAGGAAGCCUUACAUUUGUACUAGGAAAGUUUGAUGGAAUAUUUGGCCUUGGCUUUCAGGAAAUUGCUGUUGGGGAUGUAGUACCAGUCUGGUACAAUAUGGUGGAACAAGGCCUUGUAGAAGACGAAGUCUUCUCUUUCUGGCUUAAUCGGGAUUCAAAUGCAAAAGAGGGUGGGGAGAUCGUUUUUGGUGGUGUCGAUAAGAAGCAUUUCAAGGGGGACCAUACUUAUGCUCCCAUCACUCAAAAGGGUUACUGGCAAUUUGAAAUGGGAGAUUUUCUAAUUGGAACCUCUUCAACUGGUUUUUGUGAGGGUGGAUGUGCUGCUAUCGUGGAUUCUGGAACAUCCUUGCUUAUCGGUCCAACUGCUGUCAUCACUCAAGUCAACCAUGCUAUUGGAGCAGAAGGAGUAGUGAGCAUGGAGUGUAAAGAAGUUGUUACCCAAUACUGGGAUACGAUAUGGGAUCUUUUAGUUUCCGGGGUGCUACCAGACCAAGUGUGUUCACAAGUCGGUUUAUGCAUUUUCAAGGGGGCUCAGUCUGAAAGUGCUAAUAUUGAGAUGGUAGUCGAAGAAGGGAACAAGGAGAAACCUGCCGCUAAGGAUAAUCUCAUGUGCACUGCUUGUGAGAUGCUUGUUGUUUGGAUCCAGAAUCAGCUGAAACAGAAGGAAACAAAGGACAGGGUGCUUGACUAUGUGAAUAAGCUUUGUGACAGCAUCCCAAGCCCAAUGGGAGAAUCAGCAAUUGACUGCAAUAGAUUGUCAAAGAUGCCAAAUGUUACAUUCACCAUUGGACGGAGGGAAUUCAGCCUCACUCCUGAACAGUAUGUUCUGAAAACUGGAGAUGGCCCUGCUACUGUCUGCAUAAGCGGCUUUGCAGCUUUGGAUGUUUCUCCGCCUCGCGGCCCCCUGUGGAUUCUUGGAGAUGUGUUCAUGGGGGUGUACCAUACAGUUUUCGACUAUGGGAACCUCCAAGUGGGAUUCGCCGAAGCAGCUUAGAGCCUGGCUGCCUCGAAACUGUAACCAGACAUCCACAGUUUGCUUGGGUGAUGCUGGAGAGAGCUGUUGUGAACUAUAAUGGUAGAUGAUGAUGCUUCAUAAACCUGGUGAUGGCUUUGUUUCCACGUAACUAUUGGCCAUCAUUUUGUACUUAUUAUGUAUGAUGUGUGGUGCUUGGAGAUGAACGAAUGUUAGUUACUUCAGUGAGUACAGGCAGCAAUGCAGCUGCAGAUACCUCGUGACUGACUCUGGCUUUGACCCUGCUGUAAUCCACGUGUUUCUGUUUUAUUACAAUCUGUUCUAGCUUUGCUGCUGAAA